UGCAGACCCCAACCCGAAAGCAUCUUUCGAUACAUGAAAACCUUUGACUUGGUUAGGCUGCUGCGGCCGAUACAAAAGGAUUAUAUGAUAGUUGUAUAUCUGGCCUCCGAGCUAACUGCUAAGGAUAUCAACUGCCCCUCAUGCUUUCCGGCAAUGAGUCAGAUUCUGCCCGUGGUGUACUUCAGUCAGGUGGAAAAACCCUUGAGAGCCUUGAACCACCUUAGUCGGGGAUCGCUUAAGCCGGGCCUGACUUGGCACUCACUACCCAUGGAUGGAUCAGAGAUUGACUUGGAGAAGGAGAUACGCUGCCAGAUCGGUAGCAUUCACGGCUUCAACUUUGGGGAUCGCAAUAUGCAAGCGCAUGAUGCCACAAUUGCCGCCGUGCUGGAAGUGCUCAAGAGCUGCCAUAUCAUCCACAUCUACACGGCCCUGGAGGAGGAGGCCACCGCUCUGAGGCGUCGUCGCGUGUACAGCAUGUCCAGCCUGCGGCACAGUCACACCGAUAACAUAAAUGUCAUCUUCACCGGCGAUGUAGGCCUCAAGGCCGACCCCACAAACCUCACGAUAUUGCGGCACGAACUCGCCAUCGUUGGGGUGCAAAAGAUCAUCCAGGCCAAGGAGAUCAAGCUGGGUCACGUGGUGCGCUACAAUCGCACCUAUGUUAAGCUGAAAACGGGCAACGACAGCCUCCAGAUGGGCCUGGUGGGUGUGCAGACUGUCAAAAAGGGUUUCGUCUUGGCCUUGAAGACUGACAUGGGCCACAUGUUGAUUGAGUGCUUGCCCGUGGGCGGCAGUUGGUUCAUCACACGCAUUGUCUUCAACACCAAUAUGACGUUCUAUCCUCGGGAAAUGACAGUCUUCAGUUUCCAGCACAGUCUGUGCUGUCAGUCCGUUACCGCGUAUUCGGAUGAAGGCUGGCGCGUGACACUGUACUCCUUUCACUUGGAUGUCAUGCGUAAAUCCUCGGACUCGGGCUAUAAUCCGGAAUACGUACCAAAACCCUGCUGGCACUGCGACAAAUACAUCAGUUCCGUGCUCUCGCAGAGCAUCUUCGCACUGGCCAUUCUGUUCUUAGUGCUUUGCGUGGGUCUGAUUAUGCUCUGGGACAUUGGCCGCAAUAGAUUCGUGCAGAAUGUAAACGAUCCGGAUCUGCACAUCAAAACGGACACUUAGGUACCUGCCAUAGCCCGUUAGCGCUCUCUCUCUCUCUCUCUUUGAAUGCACAUUCUAUGUAUGCUCUCACUCUCCACAAAAUCUAUGCUCUCCUCUACACACAAGCCGCACACACUCUCCACACGCUCAAGCUGCACAUAGACUCUCCACCCACACACAAGCUUCUGCACACACUCUCCACACCGCACAGAUUCUGCCUAAUUCACUUGCUUACAAAUCUAAUCAUGGUGCGGUACUAGGCGAUCGCCACUGUCAGUGGACAGUGGACAGUGGACAGUGGCAUCGUAAUAAUAAUGUCAUUGUCGCGUUCUGUUAUUGUCCCGUUCUAUUGUCAUUGUUAUUGCUAUGGCCAGCGCAAAAGUCUCCACAGGAGAGGCAACCUG